ACGACGUGAUCGUUCUGUUGCUCCGCUGAAUUCACACACUCUGCGGCGAAUGCGCAGUUGAGCCUGUGAUGUGAGAAGUUCAUUUCGUUCUCUUGUCGAUGGGGAAAACGUGGGAGGUGAUCUCUACUGCCGACGGGACCCAAAUCUAGACUCGAAAUCGUUGAAUCCGUUUGGUUUAGGGUGGGCGGGGGCAGUUUUAAGCUCCCAAAUCUGAAGGAGCGGGUUUCAACAACCAUCUCCAAUGCAGAAUCACUGCAGAUGCUAACCCCACUGGCUGUGUAACCGACGAGGAAUAGUGAUGUCUGUGUUGUGGGGUCUUUGAAUAAGCAAGUUGUACAGUUUCAUUUACGUCACGGAAGAACGAGAUGAUGAAGGCGAAGGAUCAGAUUCGUGUUCCGUGCUGCCUGCUUCUGUCCUGGUCUGUACUUUGUGUUGUGUUCCUUAGCGUGGAUGCACAGGACGAGGGGGAGAAGUUCGUUAAGCGUUGUGAGGAGAACGUCAAAAAUGUUGCUCUGAGUGCGUCGAUGAACGACGGUAAUUGCGAUCUUUUAAAUAAUUGCAAGAGUGAGUGUUCACGAGUCGUAUGCAGCCCUCUGAAUGCGGAUUUGCAAUCAUCUCUGUGCGUUCGAGUGGAAGUCAAUGAUAUCUGUCCACCCACAGAGACCAACCAAUCAUGCAAUCUUUAUAUGAAGGUCAAUUACCAACGGAGUUAUGUCUUGCUUGCUCCACCUGCUUCAAGUCAACAGUUGUUGCCUGGGAUGACUCGAGAUAUUUGCCUCCAAAGAAACCUCGAUGGUUUAUUCAAGAGUAUUUCUCCGAACACGUCAUACACAUCCACUUUUUUCGGAUCUAUGAGCGGAGUCUUCAGAUCUUUUCCAGGAAGGGAAGAACCGCCCGAUAAGUGCAUCACUUUCGAAACUCGUCGACGGCCCUGGUUUAAGGGCGGCAUUUCUGUUCAAAAGCAUCUCAAGCUCAUAGUGGAUACUGGAAACAGUAUGGGUAAUGCAGUGCCUCCAGACUAUCCUUUAGCCAGUGGCAAAACCUUUCUGGAAGUGACGUCAAAAAUUAUUCUAAAACUUUUCAAGACGGUGUCACCAGAUGAUUUGAUCAGUGUUGGUUCAUUCAACAGUAGUGGGUACUACCAACUCGGUUCCCAGGUCCAAAUUUCAAACGCUUAUGAUGAAAGUGAAGAAUCGAACGAAUUGGCGGGGCUGGAGAACAUUGUGAAAACGAAUCUCAUACGAUCUUUGCCCGGCUCCCCCUCGAACCUCACUGCUGCAAUCUUGAGCGCAGUGCAAGCAUUUAAUGACACGCCUAGGGACACUUUGAAGGUAAUUAUAAUCUUUACAGAUGGGCAGUUUGCAGCCCUGGAUGCAACCAUUUUCCCUUCAGCUCAACUGCUGGCGCUGCGUAUCAAGAUCUUCAUCUUCAAGUUGCCCCGGAACUCCGAUCUAGAUACUUUUUUGCGGAACACAACGCUUCCCGACGUCCUCUGCAGUGUGCAUGGCACCUUUGAAGUGCUGGAACCAUAUUCCACCAGUAACCCACUGUUGGCCAUUCGAAGCUUCUACACAUUCUUAGCAACCACACAUCUUGCUGUUGCCAAGAACCAAUCGACUUGGAGCAGUAUAUAUCCAAGCUUUUCUCAACGUUCCAACGGCACCACUGUUACAUAUCCAGCAUUUGGAAGUGAUGGGCGGCUGAUCGGAGUGGCAGGCAUUGAUGUCUUCCCCGACCAACUCGAGGGCAGCUUAAGAGAUCUUGUGUACAAAGCUCUCGGAAGCCGGAGCGCCAAAGGGAAUUUGCCUGCGCCAUUCGAAAGCGUCAACUUAGUGUGCGAUUAUCAGACAGCGAUGAGGAGUGAGCAGCAGCCGUGCAACAAUGCAACCAGUGUUGCAAAUGGUGGGAUUUGUCAAGUAGAAGACACGGGGACGCCUUUGAAACAAAGAGUAUGUUGCAGUGGUUGCGGAGGAACAACCGAUGGGGUCAACAAUGGAAAACAUUGGGUGGUUGUGCUUGCUUCAGUCCUGGGAGUAGUGGGUGCUGUUGCAAUUGGAUUGGCUUUAUGUUGUUGCUGUGUUAGCUGCAAGACGGGUGAUGAACAAAACACCGACAUACCUAAAAAUCCCUUUGAUCAAAACUCCAGCUGGUAGAAAAUCAUGAAACCCUUCGAUCACCUCGCUGUUAAUGUCAAGUUGGAUCUCUUCCUGAUCGUUGUCAUUUUCAACUUUGAGUUUCCCGAAAAUGAACGAGAACCUAUUUGGGGUUCAACUUCUUAAAAACUUGGAUUCUGCUGCGCAUUGAAACUUGAAGUUGCAUGCCAAGCAAGAGAUUUGGGUAGGAAAUGAAAUGUGGUGUCAGGAGAAGACAAACCCCAGACGGUGUUCGUUUACACUCGAUGAAGCUUCGUGAAAUCUUCUGUAAGAUGGAGUGGUCUCUCAUUUUGUAUCAUGAACAUUCACGAGUAAGCUUGAGAUGUUUAACUUUUUUCA